AAGACAGUCAUUACGUAUUCGUGUAUCAUAAGUUGUGAUAAAAACAGGCGAAAAAGAUGUACAGGUAUUGCCAGAUUCCUUGCAUUACGGUAUAGAUACCGAAAAGAGACAUUUUUCCCGCUUGAAGGAAUCUUGUGACGCGGGCUUUCAAUGGAGAUAAAAUGAAUGUGGAGGUGGAUGAAGUUAUCAACAAUCUUGACGAGGACGAGGCAAACGAGAACACCCCUCUGCAGCCUGUAGCGGGGCAUGGGACACGAUGUGGUCUCCUGGCUGUCAUGGUCAUGGAGAUCCUGACCACGUUUUCCAUCUAUUUACUGCUGCAAGACCUUUCGGCAUUUUGCCACGAGGAGCUGAAGAUGGGACUGAACAUGGCGGCAGCGGUAGUACUCAUAUUUAAUAGUGUCCUCUAUUUGAUGCCUGCUGUCGCCGGCGGACUUGCCGAUGCAGUUUUUGGAAAGUACCCCAGUCUGGUUGGUAUGACCACAGUAUGGUUUAUUGGUGAAGUGAUCCUCCUUAUAUUGACGGCCAUCCCCAAGGAGAAACUAGCUGAACAACGUGGUUUUGUGAAUGUCGUUCACACGAUAGGGCUGAUUUUGGUGGCCGUGGGCUUCGGGUGCAACCUCGGGGUGGCAUAUUCCUUCGGUGCGGAACAACUACCAACGGUCAACCGAUUGAACACGUGGUCUUUCUUUUUGUGGAAACUAUUUUGUACAGAUCUGGGGAAAACAAUAUGUUUUCUACUCACGCCGAUAUUGGACUUGCAUUUGAAAGACAACGCAAGAUUAUUGAAAGUUAUACUUCGAACUAGCUCCGUUGGAAUGGUUUUGCUCAUUUUACUUUUCACGAAGAAGAAAUUCAACAAGGCGAAACCUGAAGGUGGUGCUGUAUUCCGUCGUCUAAAAGAGACAUUCAAGGAGAAGGUGUGGCAAUGUCUCAGAAACACAACUCCGCGUCCCAUGAUGACUGAGCCUGAGAGACAAGAGGACCAAGAGAGGACCCACGAAUUGAGGAAGGUGGUAUUACUUGGUGGUCUGAGUGCAACUGCUGGUUUAUACAUGGUAAUUCAUAAUGAGGGGUCAGCAACCUACCCGGAACAAGGAAAACAUCUAUCUGAUGGCAGCUACCGCGGUGUUGAUGCUCAUAUCUUCAAUGCGUUUACGUCCAUUGUUCCACUUCUAGUCAUUCCGCUUUUUGAGAUCUACAAUCGGUGCAAAGGACACUGGAGUACCAUACAUAUCUUGGUAAUCGCAGGGUUCGGUUACCUGUUCAUGUCUUUGUCGCCCCUCUGUGCCGGUGUGGUAGAGACGUUCAGCCGGAAGAAUUGGUACAGCGGCCAGAAAAGCAAUGUCUCAUCCUCUGCACAAAUUCCACAGUAUUUCUUCAUCGGGCUUGCAGAUUGUUUCGCCUUAUUACCUGUCCACGAAUUCGCUUAUUACGAGAGUCCAAAGCACAUCGUCAGCUUCACCAUUGGACUGCUUUACACCGUUGGGACUUGUGUUGGCAUGAUUCUCUUCAUAAUACAAGCAGCGGAAGUCGAGUUGCCCGGUCAACCUGAUCCAAAGAGGCAUAUGGAUUCAUACGAAAGUCUGUUUUAUGGGUUGACCAUAGCAUCAAUCUUGAAUAUACUUAUAUUAUACAUACCCAUUUCCAUACUCUAUCGAAAGAGGAUGAAUGCGCGCCUGGAGGAGACGAAUCAAUCUGAAUCUGAAUCGAAUUGAUAUGACCCGCUUUUACACUAUUAUGAAGCUUCAGCUUUAAAAAACAUAACUUGAAUCUUUGAUACCCCAGUUAUCGUUUCUAUUUUUCUUUCACGUGACACUAUACGGUCACUUCCUCCCGGCGAGGCCGUUGUUGGGGCUACGCAAGGUCAAUGCAAGAUUUUUAGAAAAUAUUUUCAAAUGCAUCAAUUUCAAGUCGAUUAUAGGUCCCAGGAUUGAAAUUUGUUGAGGGAACUGAGGAAAACCACUGCUUAUGAGUUUGGAAAUAAUUUUAUACCGGUAUAUUAAUAUUUUUCAAACAUUAUCACUCACGACAGCAUGUCCUUCGCGAAAAUUGCUGUUUUUUGCGAUUUCGUCUAAAUUGCAAAGCAAUAUUUUCAUUGUUGCAAGUUCGCUGAAUGCAAGUUGGCAUGAUGAUUAAAACCGCGCAAACGAAACCUAAUGGCAAAAAUUGCUUUGUUUUGGUCGUCUUAGCCAUUACGCUACUUAUAGCAUAUGUCCUAUACCUGGAAGUUGUUUUGGGUCCCAAAAUUAGAUAAAAGCACAAACUUUGAUGAUAUCAGCCAAGUAGUUUUCA